ACAUAACAAAUUCAUUUGCCUUCUUCCCCAAAUAUUUACAAAAUUUAAUCCAACUUGACACAUUUUCAAAACCCUAAAUUUUAAUCCAUUUCUUUCUCUUCUCACAUAUAUAAACUCUAAAUAUCCCCAUGUAUUACGCAUAAAUCUUUAACCCUAAUUCUCAUAACUCAUAAUAUAAUCAUCAACAUAAACAAAAAAACAUGCCUUCCGCCGCUUCUCUACAGCAUCACAGAGCCACCUCCGCCGGCCCCGGCGGCGGCCUUUCUUGCCACAAGCAUUCAUGGAAGCCGGAGCCGGUUUCUUUGGAAAUAUCCCCGCCGGAAACUGUUUCUUGCUACCACACACGCACAGUAGGGCCAAACCAGUGUUGCUCCGCCGUGUUCAAGACUAUAAAUGCGCCUGUCUCCACCGUCUGGUCGGUGGUUCGGCGCUUUGAUAAUCCACAAGCGUAUAAACAUUUCAUCAAGACGUGUCACUUAAUCAACGGCGACGGAGAUGUAGGGACGUUAAGAGAAGUUCACGUAAUAUCGGGUUUGCCGGCGGAGUCGAGUACGGAAAGAUUGGAGAUUCUUGACGAUGAACGUCAUGUUUUCAGCUUUAGUAUGAUCGACGGCGACCACCGGUUGAAGAAUUACCGGUCAGUCACGACUCUCCACGCUUCUCCGAGCGGCAACGGUACGGUGGUUAUCGAAUCUUACGUAGUUGAUAUUCCGGCAGGAAAUACUAACGAGGAUACUUGUGAUUUUGUUGAUACAAUUUUAAGGUGCAAUUUGCAAUCAUUGGCUCAGAUUGCUGAAAAUAUGGCUAAGAAUAAUAAUAAUAGCAAAAUCUAGAUCAUAUUAUCGUAAUUAAUUUACCAUAAACUUUUUAAUGAUCUUGAUUUGUUUAAUUUCAAAUCUUUUUUUUUACAAUUUUUUUAAUUUUCGACUCGGUUUUGAUUUGAUCAUGUCGAUCGUUUAUUGCCGGAACUGAAUUGAGAAUUUGUAAAUCCAUGUAGCACUUCAUGAAGAUGUUGUUGUAUAUAGUACUUUGAUGCUAUAUGUCACCUUUGUUUUCCUUCAAGAUUUGCUAUGCUAAUUAUUACUCAUCGUAAA